AGCUAGGAAUCGUGACGUCAGAUUGGAAUGAGGGAGUGAAUGUUCCGGGUCAGAAACUGGACUGAGAGGAAAUUAACACUAGGACAAGAAAAAACACGAAUCACUAUCUAACUCAACAGAGAUGUAACAGUCUACGAAAGAAGAUUUAAGAAAUCCAUUCAACAUUCCAGAUGCGAUGUAGAAAGAUGGACAAACAGGCGACAUCUACUUAUUAAAGUACUUUAAGUGAGGUGGACUACGACGUUGUAUUCCAUGUUUCUUUGCAAUAUAUCCAGCUAAGCCUGGGUAGUAGGUUUCGUUGUGAGAUUGCAUUUAACAUUGGCGUGGGCCGUCACAACGUCUACCUUUAGCCGGCAAGCGAGCGCGAAAACGGCGAACUUGGGUAUCCUAGUUUGUCUACUUGCUCCAUCCAGAUUUGCGUUCCUCAGCGGUGGACUAUUUUACUGUACGGAUUUAGCCAGAGCGAGGAUCAGACCGUGAUGUUUCACUGUAUACCCCUGUGGCGGUGUAACCGUCACAUUGAAUUGAUCGAUAAGCGCCACUGCUCCCUGUUGUACGUCCCUGAUGAGAUCUACCGCUACAGUCGGAGUUUGGAGGAGCUUUUGCUGGACGCCAACCAACUCCGAGACUUGCCUAAGCAAUUCUUCCAGCUGGUGAAACUACGAAAACUUGGGUUGAGUGACAAUGAAAUCCAGAGACUUCCACCAGAAAUAGCCAACUUCAUGCAGCUCGUAGAACUCGAUGUGUCUCGAAAUGACAUCAUGGAAAUCCCUGAAAGCAUUUCAUACUGUAAAGCUCUCCAAGUAGCUGACUUCAGUGGAAACCCACUAACAAGAUUGCCAGAAAGUUUUCCAGAGUUGAGGAAUUUAACUUGCCUCUCCAUCAAUGAUAUUUCUUUGCAGACCUUGCCAGAAAACAUAGGAAACCUUGGUAACUUGAUAUCACUGGAACUCCGAGAGAAUCUGUUGACAUAUUUACCAGAGUCUCUGUCGCAACUUGGUAAACUUGAAGAACUGGAUCUAGGGAACAAUGAACUUUAUAACUUGCCCGAGACAAUAGGCUGUCUUGUCAGCCUGAAAGACCUCUGGCUGGAUGGGAACCAGUUGGCCGAAAUUCCAGCGGAGAUGGGCAGCAUGCGGAACCUGCUGUGUCUGGACGUCUCGGAGAACAAGUUAGAGCGCCUCCCGGAGGAGCUGAGCUGCCUGCACUCCCUCACUGACCUGCUGGUGUCCCAGAACCUCAUCGAUGUGCUGCCAGAAGGCAUAGGCAAACUUGGAAAACUCUCCAUACUGAAAGCAGACCAGAACCGACUGAUGAAGCUCCCAGAGAGCAUUGGCAACUGUGAAAACCUCACCGAACUCGUGCUCACGGAGAACCAGCUACAGACUUUGCCCAGAAGUAUUGGAAAGCUGAGGAAGCUGUCAAACUUCAACUGUGAUCGGAAUCGCCUGACUUCGUUGCCCAAAGAGAUUGGCGGCUGCAGCAGCUUGAAUGUCCUGUGUGUGCGUGAAAAUCAAUUGAAACACAUUCCCUCCGAGCUGUCGCAGGCUACUGAGCUGCACGUAUUUGAUGUGUCUGGAAACAGGCUGGCCUACCUACCCCUGUCCCUGACCACGCUGCGCCUCAAAGCGCUGUGGCUGUCUGAGAACCAGUCCCAGCCGCUGCUCACCUUCCAGACGGACGUGGACCCCGAGUCCGGGGAGAAGGUGCUCACCUGCGUGCUUCUUCCGCAGCAGCCUUGCGAGCCCGACAACAAAGGCCUGGAUAACCUGGCCCGGUGUGGUGGCCUAGAGAGCCUGGUGACCGACGUGGCCGACACCACUUGGGACGAUCGAACUCAGAACAGGAUCAGUGCCAUCCGCUUCCUGGAUGACGAUGAGGACGAGGACGAUGAAAAGGGAACCUUGCUGCGUCGAGCAACGCCUCACCCUGGCGAGCUGCGGAGCAUGAAGAAAGCCGCCGAGAACCUCCGCAACGACAUGAACGCUGCCAAAGGCCUGGACUCCAACAAAAACGAGGUCAAUAACGCUGCUGACCGCGUGACCACGUCUGUGUGACCUCCUCCUCCUCCUCGCUCGCCUCUUGCUCUUGUGCUCUCCUUACCUCAGAGAUGUCUUUUACCUCUUGUGUCUCUUGCCACUACUCCCCCGCAACACGCCACAACUUGCCCCGCCCCCCAAUCCUCCCCAAUCCCUGCUCGUCCUGCUGGACUCAUCAUGCCUCCUCCAGCCCCCCCUGCGGAUCAGAACGGAGACUUCCAUGGCUGUCUCAGCCCCCUCAUCACUUCGUCCCAUUUGGAUUUGGCCACCAUGCCUCCACGGUCUAUGUGCCUUCUCAAAAUGUCCACAGCAAUAAUCUGCACAGGUGUGCUUCUUUUUUAAUGUGUGUGUGUGCGUGUUUGUAUAUUUUAAAAAUCUAGUGCUCUUAAUUUUUUGUAGAGAUGGUAAAUAGGUGCACUAUUUAAAGUCUUACCAUGCGAUAAAUGUCAAAAAUCUUUGAUCUUUGAAAAAAAUUUAAGACACUGGGUGGACACUUGAUUUUUUUGGGGGGGGAUGUAUAAAACCCAGGCUUUUUUGGACCUACUGAUUUAAAAAUUAUUGUAUAGUUAUUUGUGAAUAUUACUUUUAUACUUUUGGCAGCUGUGAUGGUGUAAAUUUUAAAAAGUGUAUAGCAGGUUUUUUGAUCAAAGGCAGAAUUUAACUGUGUACACAAAAGUGGGCACAAAAUAAUUAUUUUGAAAAGAAGAAAAAGUAAAAAACAAAAUCCAAAAAAAAAAAAAAAGAUCUUUAUUUUUUAACAUCUUCUUUGAAAGUCUUGAUGGCCUCAACACUUCUCUUCUGGUUCAUUAGUCUUUGUUUCUCUGCUUAGAUGUAAAUACAGCGCGUGUUCUUAAGGGCUAACAGAACACACUGUGAAAUUUCCAUUACCACUCACAGCCACUAAAAUUGAGGCAAGUGUGAAGGCCGUCUGACUCACUCUCUCAUCACGCCUCUCUAUUUUCCUUUAGUUUUUAUAAUCAUGAUUGACAGCGGCCACUACAUUUUUGCAUAUGUACUUUAUCUCAUGUAGAACCGGUACACUAAAGAUGGUUUUGUAAUAAAAUUAUGUACAUUUUAUACUUUGUAUAGUUAUGAUCUCAGAAAAUGCUGUUGUUAUUAAUAUAAAAUGCACUUUUGCAAGGGUUUCUUACACUUUAUCAAAACGGCUUAUUCUUAUGGUACACUACAGACUUAAAUUUUACUUUGUAUUUUUAACAGUAUACAGGAGUGAUUUAUGGACAUUUUUUUCUUUUUUUAAUGAUUGAAUUUUUUUUCAAUGAUCAAGCUGCACAAAGCCAAUCUCAAAUAAGCACAACCUUUGUGCUUAAAAACUUGGACUUUUAACCACUGAUACAAUAAAAUGGAUUUGUAAAACCACAAA